AUGUCCGACAUCAUUUCUGCGCCAGAAUGGGACAAACCGCUACCAAGGCUCGAAACCAUGCCAUCAGAGAUCCUCGCGAAGAUCAUCGCCUUUACCAUCCCCGAGAACUUCAACCUUAACAUCAGCAAUAUAACAACCGAAAACAGCCAGAAAACGCCCCUCAACGCGGCCGGCUUACCGCCACCACCGCGUCGAGUCCGCCGAGCUGCUCGACCUGUCCCUCCUAUGGGAGGAGCACUCCGCCGGGCGCUCGAAGGUGAGCCCGGCAUACUCAAUCAGAUCCUGUACCAUAUUGUUGGUGACCGCCAGCCCCACCGAACUGACUAUAACCUCAUCCGCCGAGCUUUCCUCGACUUAUUCAACUAUAGCAUUGGCCCGGGCUGGCAACAUCUCACGAUCCAGACCAUGCCUGUCGGAGGAGACCCAUACUUCGAAAGAAUGCUGCAAGUACGAUGCAGCAAUCGCCGCAGUCCGAUCGCCGUGCGGCGGAGGCUUCCAUGGGAGCCUCGCGCCAUUGAGUACGUGGAUACCAACCAAGGUCCGUGGGUGACCCGCAACAUGAGGCGCCUAUGCAGAAACACGAACGCCAACGUUGACGUACGCGAGCCCGUGGAAACGCGUCUGCAAUUCUUCCGCUGCCAAGGUACAGGGCACAGAGGCAAUAAUCCGCCUCAUGGCCCAAACAUUUGGAUCUGUAGCGAAUGCGCCGACUGGGAGAACUUCCACUGGGACUUCUUCCGUUGGCGGCACGACUCGAUGUUCAUGCCGUGCUAUGAUUGCACCAUGAACGGUGUAGUCCCGCGACCGAAGAAGAAGUGUCGAUGCCGGAACCAUGGAAAACUAACGAUCCGUCGAGUGAGCAGACGUAAUCGCGCUUUCACAGUACGCGACUGGCUGUGCGGCGAGUGCAAGACAGCCGAGUAUGAGAUUCCGUACAAAGCUGUCGGGCGCACAGCUCAACGCCGCAACAUCCCCGACCAAUUUGGAAUCGCAGGCCUUCAUAACUCGCCAGGUGCGUACAUCCAUGACUUUCCUGAUUGCAGUACCAACCCCUUUAACAUCGGCACUUCGGUCACCUGGCGAAGCCACUGCCAGCUACCGUGCACCAACACCACCAGGGACACGUGGAUUCAGCGUACGGACGCUGAGAGGGAGCAAAUCAUCCGCAUCUGCCUGGUCUGUGAAGGGGAAGUCCCAGCAAACAAGAUCUAUCAGCAGGGUUGGACUAAUCAGAGCAACACGCAAAUCUGGCCCAGGCAAGGUCAGAUGGGCUACCCACCUACAGGUGGCUAG